CGCGGGCGGCAUGAAGACGAGCCGCCGCGGCCGGGCGCUCGUGGCCGUGGCCCUGAACCUGCUGGCGCUGCUCUUUGCCACCACCGCCUUCCUCACCACGCACUGGUGCCAGGGCACGCAGCGGGUGCCCAAGCCGGGCUGCGGCCAGGGCGGGCGCGCCAACUGCCCCAACUCGGGCGCCAACGCCACGGCCAACGGCACCGCCGCCCCCGCCGCCGCGGGGAACGGCCCCCCCGGCGGCGAGCUCUACAGCUGGGAGACGGGCGACGACCGCUUCCUCUUCAGGAAUUUCCACACCGGCAUCUGGUACUCGUGCGAGGAGGAGCUCGGCGGGCGCGGUGAGACGUGCCGCAGCUUCAUUGACCUGGCCCCUGCGUCGGAGAAAGGCGUCCUGUGGCUGUCGGUGGUGUCCGAGGUGCUCUACAUCCUCCUGCUGGUGGUCGGCUUCAGCCUCAUGUGUCUCGAGCUCUUCCACUCCAGCAGCGUCAUCGACGGGCUCAAGCUCAAUGCCUUCGCGGCCGUGUUCACGGUGCUCUCAGGCCUCCUGGGAAUGGUCGCCCACAUGAUGUACACGCAGGUGUUCCAGGUCACCGUGAGCCUCGGCCCUGAAGACUGGAGGCCCCAUUCCUGGGACUACGGGUGGUCCUUCUGCCUGGCGUGGGGCUCCUUCACCUGCUGCAUGGCCGCCUCCGUGACCACGCUCAACUCCUACACCAAGACGGUCAUCGAGUUCCGCCACAAGCGCAAGGUGUUUGAGCAGGGCUACCGGGAGGAGCCGACCUUCACAGAGCCCGAGGCCAUCAAGUACUUCCGGGAGAGGUUCGAGAAGGGGGGCCGGCGCGAGGAGGAGGACCUGCGCUUGGAUUGCCGCCACGAGAGAUACCCGGCCCGACACCAGCCACACAUGGGCGAUUCCUGGCCACGGAGCUCUGCACACGAGGCCGCGGAGCUGAGCCGCCAGUGCUGGGUCCUGGGGCACUGGGUGUGACCGAGACCAGCCGGCCCAGACCCAGCCACCGUCAGCACCAGCCCCCCGACAAGGCCGCGCGUCUGGCGCCACCGAAACCUGGCCUGUGCGCUCCGAACCCAGCCAGCCUGCACGGGAGACACCGGCCGGCCCUGCCCAUCGCUGCCCGGGUCUGGGGCCGAGCAGUGGGGCCUGCGGGCCUGCGGAGUACACAGGGCUGCACAGAGCAACUUCGGGGCAGCAACUUCUCACUCUUGCCACAGGCAGAGCCCUGCUGGGUACAGCUGGGGUGCCAGGAAAAACGCGGACAUCGGCCAUUGGAAGCCUGGGGUCCCCCGAGCCAGCUAGGAAGUUCAGGAGGUGCCCAGUGGCACAUAACCUUUCGGGGGGCGGGGCAUGGCACUGCAGGGGUCGCACAGCAGGCACACAGCAGGGGCUGAAUAAAUGCU